ACAACAAGACACGCCUAAAAAACUGUCACCACCACCUUUUUCACGAAACCACAUAUACAUAUCACAUUCACACCCCCCACAAUCCUCACAAAAACGCCAUUGACGAAGCUUUCAAGCUCUCAGAACUCUAUUCCAAUGGAUACAAUCAACUCCUUCAAAGGCUACGGCAAGGUCGACCCUGUCCAAGAGCAGGCAUUCCGGCGAACAACCCGGAAACGCAUCGUCAUCCUCAUCGUCUCCGCCGUCGUACUGGUGGCUGUCAUCAUUGGCGCGGUGGUCGGAACUGUAAUUCACAAACGCAACGACAAUAGCUUCGACGAUACUCCGUCGUCUUCUACCUCCCCUGCCGCCUCUCUCAAAGCCGUGUGUAGCGUAACCCAGUACCCAGAUUCGUGUUUCUCGAGCAUUAAAGCUCUCGAAGCGUCCAAUUCUACCGCAGAUCCGAAAGAGCUCUUCAAGCUCUCGUUGCAAGUGGUUUUCCACGAGCUCUCGAAGAUCGCUUCGUUUCCCGAUACCCUGAUUUCGAUGAGCAAUGAUGCCAAAGUCAAAUCGGCAUUGGGGGUUUGCAAAACCGUGAUCAAGGACGCUGUAGAUCGGCUCAACGAUUCCAUCUCUUCUAUUGAUGCGAACCCAGGAGACAAGAUCUUAACGGUUUCAAACAUCGAUGAUCUGAAAACGUUUCUGAGCGCCGCCAUUACAGAUCAGGAGACCUGUUUCGAUGCUCUGAUGGAAGUGAAUUCGAAUUUCGUCGAUGAAGUGAGACUAAAAAUGAAGAACUCGACAGAGUUUACGAGCAACAGUUUAGCUAUUGUUGCUAAAGUAUUGGGAAUUCUAGGAGAUGUGAAUGUUCCGAUUCAUAGGAAGCUUUUGGGGGUUUCGGAUUCUGGGUUUCCAGAAUGGGUUCGGGCGGCGGAAAGGCGGCUGCUUCAGGCGGCGACGGUGAAGCCGAAUUUGACGGUGGCGAUUGACGGAAGCGGAGAUUAUAAGACGAUCGGAGAAGCGGUGGCGAAAGUGCCGAAGAAGAGUAAGAGUAGAUUUGUGAUACACGUGAAGGCUGGAAAGUAUGUUGAGAAAGUGAUUUUGGAUAAAAAUACUUGGAAUGUGAUGAUCUAUGGUGAUGGAAAGACUCAGACCGUUAUUUCAGGCAACCUCAAUUUCAUCGACGGCACGCCGACUUUUUCAACGGCUACUUUCACUGUUGCAGGGAAGGGCUUCAUUGCAAAAGACAUAGGGUUCUGGAACACAGCCGGAGCGGCAAAGCACCAAGCCGUGGCGGUCCGGUGCGCGUCCGACAUGUCUGUGUUCUACCAAUGUGCUUUCAACGCUUUCCAAGACACUCUCUACGCUUACGCUAACCGCCAAUUCUAUCGCAAUUGUGACAUCACAGGCACCAUCGACUUCAUAUUCGGCAAUGCUGCAGUCGUCUUCCAAAACUGCAACAUCCAACCCCGACAACCCAUGAGCAACCAGUUCGACACCAUCACGGCCCAAGGAAAGAGCGAUAAGAAUCAGAACACUGGAAUUUCAAUUCAAAAAUGUACCAUGUCGCCUCUAGACAGCCUCACUGCCCCAACUUACCUUGGUAGGCCUUGGAAGAACUUCUCUACCACAAUUGUCAUGCAGACCAACAUUGAGUCAUUCUUGAACCCAUUGGGUUGGGUCCCAUGGGUCGGUUCCGCUGACCCGCCCAAUACCAUAUUCUAUGCCGAGUACCAAAACACUGGGCCAGGGUCAAGUGUGGCUAAUCGGGUUAAAUGGGCUGCAUAUAAGUCCAGUCUUACGAUGGCUCAGGCCUCCAAGUUCUCCGUCCAAUCCUUCAUCGAUGGUGGUGUUUGGUUACCAGAUACAAAUGUGGUCUUUGAUUCAGCCUUAUGAUUUGAAAAUUGUUUUUGUUAGGCGAAAGGUUUGCAAUGAGUUUCAAUACACAAAUUGGUGGAACAUAGAAUUUGUAUCGUGUGUUACCUUUUCUUUUUUUCUUUUUGUGUUUCACUGUACUUUCUUCUAAUAGUUGGUUUUUAAGAUGUAACAUUCUAUUCUUUUGGUUAUACUUAUAAAGGAAAUUUUACUAGAAACACUCCUAUCA